AGGUAUGUGGUUUUCAAAACUAUUUUGAGGGGAUAUGAGGAAAAAAACAGAAUAAGAAGGGCACUGACUUAGGCCAAAGAAAAUUGACCACCAAACUUGGGUAGGGGUGGGGCUCUUCUAAAAGAUAUGGCUACAAGAAAGAAAAAUGUCUGAAAAUAGAGUUCUUUGAGGAAGGAGUAAGGGGGAAAAGGGAAUGAAGCCUCCUUAGGUAACUAGAGUUUCUGACCACCCAUUCUUGACCUACAAUGCCCUGAGGCACCUGCCAGAGCUCAGAGUUCCCUGCCAUCUACCUCCUGACUCUGGUGCCCAUCUACCUUUAGCUGACAUGAGCAGGUGGGUGGGAAAGCUACUGAUAACAUAAGGUUCUUGCCAAUUUAUCCCCCAGGUUUAUAAGAGGCUCUGACUCCCAAGUAACGUGAUUUUUUCAGUCCCCCCUAGCCAUCACCUUUCGAGGUACCAAAUUGCUCUGAAAGGCUAGGUGGGUGAGUUUAUGUGUUGUCCAAACCUAUAUCUAGAAUCAUUGCUUUCUUUGGUGAUCAGUUUUGCUACAAAGUCUAUACCAGUGCUGUCCAAUAUGGUAGCUACUAGUCACAUUUAAUUAAAAAGAAAUAAGAUUUAUAAUCCACUUCCUUCCCUUUCACACUAGCCACAUUUCAAAUGCUCAAUAGCCACAUGUGGUGACUGGCCACCAGCACAGUUAUUGAGUAUUUUCAUUGUUGCAGAAAGUUCUAUCGGAAGGCUCUACCAUGUUAAAAAUAUCUUCAUUUAUGGGAAUUCUCUCCUCCCCAAGCCUGUCGUCCCUCGUUACAGCCUAGCUUUUUUAUUAUCCUUGGCCUCACACUACCCCAUCCUCAUAGUCUUUAAGACAUGACAUCAAAUGUCUGAAUUCUACUUGUUUUCAGGGUUGAAGCUCUUUCCCAUGGGGCUCCCAAGCCCCAAAGAAAUCAGGGAAUGUAGCUAAACACCAGUUUAACAGAUCCAAGCUCUCAGUGUCAGUGAGGGAGGUUUUGCUUUUCCAGCACAGGAAAGGAGAACAGAUUGUAAGAAGGCACAUUCCAGCUCCACCUGCCUGCACAUCCCAGUUUCAGAUCCGAUCCAGCAAGACACCCUGGGACAGCUUUAAGAGGUAAUGGAACUAUGAAGAAUUUAAAAGGGAAAAAAAAGCAUAGUCUCGCCACACAAAUGGAAGAUUAGGCGUGAACUGAAAAUAAAUAUUCCAUAACUAUAAAAGAAUUUCAGGCAGUAAAGUGUUUGUGAGCCCAAAAUGAAUGCAUCCCAAGAUGCAUCUCAAGGAACGCUUACAUGUAUGUGCUCGUACAACAGACUGUGCAGUUUAAACGAUGUAUUCAUGGCAAAAGCAGAUAUGAGCACAGGAAAUACUACUUCACACAGCAUUUCCCAAAGCAGAUACAUCACCAGCUGUUCACAUGUACAAACUCUGGACGUUAGAAUCUAUCUUAUUAAGAGAAAACCUAUUCCACUUACAAAAGGUUUGAUUUUUUUAUUGACACCCUGCCUAUGACAGAAAAAUUGAUUUUAAAUAUAUAUGACAAGGAAACAAGACUGAAAAGCUUUGCCCAGAGCACUUACCUCUGCAUUCUACUCUUUCUCUUACACGCCUGAGCGCACCAGCCUCUUCUGUAAGCAACAGUGCUGCACACGGCAUUAUGCCUCGUCCUCUAACCUGCAGCGGUAGUACCGACAGGAAUGCUCUCUGCAGCCCCAGGGGAAUACAUCAACCAGGCCUCUCCAGGCAUAUACAUUGCAGUAUCUAUUUUGGCUCUUCACAGACCUUUGUUACAAGUUCCUGUUUCUUAACUGUGUUCCAAACAGCAAUGAUGAUCAGUCACAUGGAGCCACCCACACCCUCUCCUAAGAUUAAGAGAGCAACUACAUCUGGACCUGGUGAGAAUGAGGAGAGAGAGGAACCUGGCAGAGGAGGGUGCCAUGAUAUCUCACUUCCGACAACACACUCAUCAGUUUCUAGUGACAGAGUUAGAAUUCAAGAGCAAAUGAUUUCCAUUUCAAAGGUUCCCCAUUGCCUACAGAAGGUAAAACAAAUGCCUUAUUCCAGGCCCUAUGUGAUCUGGAGUUUAAAAGUCCCUUCUCAGUGUUUCACCCAUCCCUUCUCACACUUCAAUCAAACUGGACUACCUUUGCCAUUUAUGCUUUCACUCAUACUGAUCCUCUAUCUUAAGAGCCUUUCCCACAUCUCUCCCAGUUCUAAACUGACCCAUAUUUCAAGGCCAAGAUCAAAAGUGGAUUCCUGCAGGAAUAAUAGUAUUCUCAAAGCUAGCAUGUACUUACUACUUACUAUAUUCCAGGUACUUUCAUGUAUUAUCUCAUUUAUCUUUGCAACAGCUCUGUAACAUAGGCACAACUAUUAUCUCCAUUUUGAAGGUAAAGUAAGUAACUUGCCCAAAGUCAAACAGUAGUGAAGAGCUCACACUCAAACUCAGGAGUCUGAAUCCAGAGCUCAGGUCCUUACCCAUGCUGCCAUACUCCUAUAGUGACACUCAUCCCAAAGAUCUUUGAAUUAAGCUCAUUAUCUGACUGUAUAGUAUAUAUUGGUUAUAAAAUCCUAUUUAUAUUGGCUUAAACAAUGAGGGAAUUUCUUAGCUCUUAUAACAAUUUCCCAGGAAGGUUAGUUCCUGGGCUGGUUAAGUCAGCAGAUCAACAAGCAAAAUCCUUUAGGAACCAAACUGUUUCCAUCUUUCUCCUCCAUCAACCUCUGUGUGUUAGAGCAAGGUAUUCUAGUGGUUGCAAAAUGGUUGCAAUAGCACCUGGGAUUGCAUCUUCAGGUGCCAAUGUUCAAAGAAUAAGUUUAAAAAUCUCCCAUUAGUGAAAUUCAUCAUAAUACAGGCACACCUUAACAAACAUGGAAAAUCCCAAAUAAGCAAUCUCAAAUUACACCUGAGUUAGAAAAAGAAG